UUGAGGGGUUGGGUAGGGACAGAACUAAUGGAGCACUGAAGGGAGAGGAUUAAUUGCUGGGCAGGGUGAGAGCUCCUGCAGCAGGGACCUUACCCAGUAUGUGUAGGAGAGAAAGGAGAAAACACUAAUAGUCACACACUCUGAGGAUGGGCUGAGUGGGGGGGGGGUGUCCAUCAAACAUAAAGGGAGUGACCUAAUUUUUUUUUUAUAUAUUUAAUGAUUUAUUGGGCCAAUCUCAUGAUUUUGCGGGGGGGGGUUCAACUCAUACAUUUUGAUCUCUUAUAGUAACUUUCUUUAAAAAGGGGACUCAGGGAAUUACAGACCAGUCAGCCUAAACUUUUAUACUUGGAAAGGCACUGGAGCACAUAAUUUCUAUUGUCCUCUCUGGCCAUAUGGGUGAAUGCAUCCAACACCUUCCCUGUCAGCAAUGGAGACACUGUAACAUGGCCUCAUGUCCCACCCUAUUGAAUGCACAACUCAUUUCAAAAGCUUUUAAAAAUAAAUCUGUAUCUUCCCUAGCCUAAAAGAAUACAAUAUUUUAAUUGGGAACUGAUGGAGAAAGCAGCUGUGAAUAAUCAUUAAUAUUAAUAUUAUAUUAAUAACAUUAAUAAUAUCGAUGUAAAUGCUUUUUAGAAACUUACUGCAGACCUGAGUAAAUUUCACUUUCCCCCACUUCCACAAAUAUGUUGACACAAUUGUAGUUUUUCCUCCUUUUUUAGCAGCGAGGGGAGGUUACUCUAACUUUAAAAUAUGUGGGAUAAGACUAAUUCAGAUAAAUUUCACAGCAAUAGAUACAUUUCACCUAGCUGAUAAGCAAUAGUAAAAAGAGGUGUGGAUAAAAAUAAUCUCUCAGUCUUAAUAUCUGUAUUCAUAAUACAGAGAAACAGUAUCUGAGACUAGGAAGCAUCUAAUACUAUUAUAUAUUUAUUUUGUUCUUUAUUUGUUAGGCCAGUGAGAUAUGGAUAUUGGUCAGUUUCAUUAUCCCAUUUCUGAAUAGAAAACUUUUCUAUGAAGUUGGAGCCUAUUAAAAGUGAGAUUUUGUUUGAUUUUGUUCUUGUUUUGAGUUUUAAAUUAACUUUAAAAAAGGUUGCAUACAGGACUAAACCCCAGGAACUGAACACCAUAAGUUUAUAUGAAAAAUGUUCUAAUAAACAAAAUGAAGGAUUUGUAGUGAAAUGAUCUCUCAAAAUUUAUUUUAGUGCAGACACUCUAUCAUAAUACAGACUGUUACAUAGAAGAAAAGCCCCGUGUUCAGUGGCACGGCUACUAUCUGUAUGUGUGGUACAUUUCUACUUUAUUCCCCACUUACUAGAGGAAAAAUUACUCAGGGAUAUUUCUUUUUAAAUUAAUUAUUCCUCUGCAUUGUAUGGUUAUUAGCAGAGGCAGGUCAGAGCAGUGCAGCUUGCACUUGAAGGGCAAGAUAAUAUUUUUUCUUCUAUUCUUAAUUAUUAUUUCUUGGUUCUCAGAAUGGCAGAAAUACAACCAAUGGCCUUGGACUAACUCUUAAGAAAGCUGUCUCCUUCACAGUUAACUUUAUAGUUGCAGUGGGCAGUUUCACUGAGCCCUCAGUUAUUGAAACAAACAGUCAAUAGAUAACUACUAAGCAAAUCUGAGAAAACUCCGAAAUCCAGAGUUAAAGAUACACGAAACUCACAGGGUUCUCAUAAGCCAGGUUCGACUUGCAACACCAAGACACAUUUGAAUGCAAAGAAAUGCACAAUUAAAUGAUCCGAAACAAUGAACUCUCUUCAUAUUGCUCCACCUAAGCUUUCCUGUUGCUUGGACCAAGCUUUUGGUUGCUGGGACAGGUUCCAAAAAAAAAAACAACCUUACCCCAUAAAACUCUCUUGGGACUCUGCUCCAGCCAGCUGUGUGAGAAGCGGAUGACUGGGCAGAAAUCACAGUUAUGGUCCAUAAAAGGAAUGUUGAGUUGUUUUUGUCUCUUCAUUCCAAUAACACCAUGUGAUUUCUUGCCAUUCCCCUACUUUUCCUCUAGCACUGAGCCUCAGUCAGUGCACAGAGAGGGGGAAGGAUUCAAACAUUCAUUACAAACCACUAGAUUUACCUGGGAUGCUCAGAUGAAACAAUCUAUACUUGAGAAUAAGCUACUUUAUUAAAAAGGCUUCUGCUGGAUUCAAUGUAACUCAAAGGAAAGGGGUAGCCAGGAGAUCCCCAGAGACCCUGGAGCUGUGGUGACAUUUGUUACAUAGAAACAAGAUCAAGUUACAGUGAAGAAGAUGAAGGUUCUCUCAUUCUGCCACAGCUCCAGAGCCUGCUCCCCUCUCCCUGGGUUUAUUAUUUUCUUCUUUACUUAUUAUGUUCACAGAAUGGAAUCAGCAAAGUUCACAGUGAUUGGACCCUCUGACCCUGUCACUGCCAUCCUGGGUCAGGAAACUGUGUUACCCUGUCACCUGUCCCCCAGCAUGAGCGUUGCAAACAUGGAGGUGAGAUGGUCCCGACCUGAGUUUGAAUCCUUUGUGCACCUGUAUCGUGAUGGGAAGGAUUGGUUUGAUGGGCAGAGGCCAGAGUAUCAGGGAAGGACAGAGCUUUUGAAAGCUGGACUUAGAGAUGGGAUUGUUCCCCUGAGGAUUCUCGAUAUCAGACGUGCUGAUGAAGGACGAUACCUCUGUUAUGUUCAAGAUGGUACUUUUUAUGAAGAAACUGUAUUGGAACUGCAGGUAGCAGGUCUGGGCUCUGCUCCUCUCAUCUCUGUGGAGGGUCACCAAGGUGGAGGGAUUCGGGUGAUUUGUCAAUCAGCUGGUUGGUACCCAGAGCCUGAAGUGCUGUGGAAAGAUCUCAGUGGGCAACAUUUACCAUCACUCUCUGAAACAACAUCCCAAAGAGAUAACGGCCUGUUUGAAACAGAAACUGCUCUCAUUGUAAUAGAGCAUUCAAACCAAAACUUGUCCUGUUGCAUCAGGAACACCAUUCUCAAUCAAGAAAAGGAAUCAGCAGUUUAUAUAGCAGAUUCCUUUUUCCCAAGGGUGAAUCCCUGGAUGGUGGCUCUGAGUGUGAUCCUGGUGGUUUUGUUUGGUUUCAUUGGCCUCACUGUUUAUCUGUUUAAAAUGAAAGGGAAACUUACUGAAGAAGUUGGGAAACUUACUGAAGAAGUUGGCAAACGAGAUAUAGAAGUUGAGAAACGAGAUAAAGAAAUAAGCAAAAGAGAUACAGAAAUUGGCAAACGAGAUAUAGAAAUUGGCAAACGAGAUAAAGAGAUAAGCAAACGAGAUAUAGAAAUUGAGAAACGAGAUAACGAGAUAAGGUGGAGAAGUUCCCUGGCACCUAUAGAAGAAGUGAAUGUGACUCUGGAUCCAGACACGGCUCAUCGCAAACUCUUCCUGUCUGAGGAUUGGAAAUGUGUGAGACAAGGAGGCAUGUGGCAGGAUCUGCCCGACAACCCUGAGAGAUUUGAUACUUGGGCCUGUGUGCUGGGCUGUGAGGGAUUCACCUCGGGGAGACAUUGCUGGGAGGUGGAGGUGGGGAAUGUGGGACGCUGGGCUGUGGGGGUGGCCAGAGAGUCUGUGGGGAGGAAGGGAGAGAUCAGUCGUAGCCCUGAGGGGGGUAUCUGGGCUGUGCAGCAGUGGGGGGAUCAGUUUGAGGUUCUCACCUCCCCUGAGACCCCCCUGCCCCUGAGCCGGUUCCCCAGCAGGAUCCGGGUUUGUCUGGACUGUGACCGGGGGCAGGUGACAUUUAUCGAUGCUGGUGAUGAGGCCACGAUCUUCACUUUCCCGCCGGGCUCCAUCCCUGGGGAGAGAAUCCGACCCUGGCUCCGGGCGGGGCGGGGAGCCCAGCUCAGACUGUGUCCCUGAGACACACAGCAGAGGGGGGAACUGGAAAUCAGCCUCUCUAGCCUUAUGGACCCCAGUCUCUAUGACCCUGCAGUCAUGCUAUGUUAUCGCUGUAGUGACACCCAGGAGGUCUGGUGGUUGUUUUCCUCCCACAGACCACUAUACCUAGCACACCUCCACCCACCCAGAGGCCCCCCCACAGAUCCCUUCACUGCCCAGUGCCCCCCACAACCCCACCGCCACAACUGCACAGUGUCCCACACAGACCCCCCACACUUCCCAGCGCCCCGACACAGAUCUCCACCACUACACAGCCCCCAACACACACAGAUCUCCCCACACCACAGCCCAGUGCCUCCAAACCCCCCACCUACACAGCACCCCAAAACACACAAACCUUCCCCACUACUGAGCACCCCCCCAUGCCCUCUAGAGACCUACUUUUCCACACCCAGACAAUUUUCCCAGGGCUGGCUAAAAGCACGUCAGCCUUGACACACAGGCUACGCCCUGGCCCAGUUUUGAGUCCCUGCUCUGAAACACGGGGAGACUAGAGCUUCUCAAAGAAAGAGUCACAACAUGAGCAAAAUAAUUUCUCCCAAAAUAUUCAACCUGAGGCAGACACACAGCAUGAAAAGUUUCAGCCCAAACAGAUGAUGCCUGGCAAAGUUAUAAGCAACUGAACACAAGGGCUUGUAAAGGGAAGCAUUGGGCAACUUUACCAGUUUCGCUUGCAUUGCGCACUGGGUAGGUAUCCCAGGGUUCCAAGCGCUGUCCCAAGUCAGGGUGGAUUGAGGGAUUCCAGCCAGUGGGAAUUGGAGCCCAACUCCCAGGCCCCUGCUACAUCCCAGCCCCCAGCAGGACAGUAAGAACAAAGGAACGUCUCCCCUGUGCAUCCAGCUCAUUCCUAUUUCAGUGGCGAAAUGAAACAGAGACAGAAACUGCAGCAGGGCACCGAUCUUGGUAGUGUGGAAGUGCCCACGGGCUCCAGCCACAGACCUUGACCCUGCUGCGCCAGGCGCUGUACAGAUGCACAGAUGGUUCCUUCCCCACACAGCCAGCACAGGCACCAAGGUUAAAUUAGAUGAUCCAUUUUUUAAUCACCAUGUUUAUUACUAAAUACAAAAUAUACAAAACAAAAAGGGGGAGGCUGCACCGGUGGGGGGUAGGCGGGUCCAUGUCUCAGGGAGAGACCGUAAAAAAAUAAAAUAAUGGAAAGGAAACAAACCAAGCCCCCUGCUGCCAACAGCAAUAAAGUCAGUCUGUUUUCACAGACAACAGCUUCAUGCCCCUCCCCCCUCCGACUGGCUAGCACCAAGGGGAGUCGCGUAUCUGCAGUCGGCGGCGGGGUGAGGGUGGGUAUUUACAGCAAGGGGAGGAGCUCUGAUCUCACUCAUUCUCAGGCCUAGGGGGGACGAUGUUGUACUUAAAGCACUGCACAGGAUCUUUUCGGGAGAAAUAGGCAAAACACCACAUUUAUUAGUAAUACAUGUAUCAAUCAACACUAUCGUAUGCAUAUGAUCUAUAUUAAACUCAUGCACUCA